CGGGGGCAACAAACUAAAAUGUCUGCUCCUAAAAGCAUCCCGAAGGACGCUCAGGUCAUGGUCCAGAUCCUGAAGGACAUGGGCAUCACGGAGUACGAGCCCCGCGUCGUCAACCAGAUGCUGGAGUUCACGUACCGAUACGUGACGACCAUCAUCGAGGACGCCAAGAUCUACGCCACGCACGCCAAGAAGUCGACGGUGGACGCCGACGACAUCAAGCUGGCCAUCCAGUGCCGCAUGGACCAGUCCUUCACCUCGCCGCCGCCGCGAGACUUCCUGCUGGAGGUGGCGAGGCAGAAGAACGUCACGCCGCUGCCGCUCAUCAAGCCGUACACGGGGCCGCGCCUCCCGCCCGACCGCUACUGCCUCACGGCGCCCAACUACCGGCUGAAGACCGUCCAGAAGAAGGUCGGCACGCCGCCGCGCCUCGGAACCACUGUCCUCGUCGUUGUUGUCAUUGUUGUUGUUUUGUUCCAGGUGACGUCGGCGGCCGGCAGGAUCUCGGUGCCUCGGCUCAGCAUCGGCGCCGUGUCCAGCCGCCCGGGCACGCCCACCCUCGGAACCCCGUCUGUCCAUCCCGUCUCCACCAAGGUGGGCCCCCCGGUGUCUCUGACGGGUCAGAGGUUCACGGUUCAGAUCCCACCCCCCUCUCAGACCAGCACCAUCAAAACCAGUAAGAGCUGCUGAAUGUUUACAUCAACAACAACGUUUAUUUAUUCAACCACAAAAUAAACAUUUAAAUUCAGUUUUGAACAAAAAAAUACAAAGUCUGAAAUAACAAGAAACAACCUGAAGGUGGAAACAAUAAACAAUGUUUACGUUUUAUUAACUAAUUUC